ACUGCUGAAAUGGCUCGUUGCUAUCAGUGAGUAGGUAUUCGGUUUCCUAAAAGCAUCAUUCAUCAUGAGGGAGUAUACAUUUCACCAUAACUACCAGCAUUAUUUGUAAAUAUAAUCAUCAAUAAGCGAUAAUUAACAAGUUAUAAAAUUUGUCAACGAAAAUUCACCAUGGUUACGUUGAAACAAACCUCACAAUGACGCUGGGAAAUAUUUCUUAGCAUCCCUCAAUUUUUUCGUCCGCCGUCCCCUCUGACUGCCGCCCCCUUAAGGCCGCUAAUCCAUCUUUAGCUAGCAGAAAGUAGAAGAUAAAAAAAACCUAAAUCGUAGAAUGGUAGAAGGUGACAUCGGCUUAAAAAAGAAGCAAGACUGUGAUGUAAAGGAUCAAGGUCGCGUACCAAACGGCUGUGGAUCCAAAGAGUUAGAACUCAAGAAGAUUGUCGGAGGAUCUCUCAAGAAUCUACCGGAUGCCGAAAAGGGAACGGUAGAGAAAGCUGACUUCGAAGAGGCUAUCGUCCUCACGGGAUAUGGCAGGUUCCACUACCUUCUGUUAGCAGUAUGCGGCUUCGUGAGUACCUCGGAGGAGAUGGACGUCAUCUCGAUGUCCUUCAUCCUUCCGUCAGCCCAGUGCGACUUAAAACUGAACACCUACACCAAGGGUUGGCUCAACUCCAUAAUAUUCAUAGGAAUGAUGGCAGGAGCCUACGUUUGGGGUUCAGUUGCAGACUCACUAGGACGUAAGAAGGUGCUUAUUGCGAUCUCUUUCAUGAAUGGUCUCUGUAUUGUGGCGUCAAGUUUCACACAAACAUUCGAGAUCUUCAUGAUAUUCAGAUUUCUAAAUGGGGCGGCAUUAGGGGGCAGCGGACCAGUAAUAUGGUCCUACUUCGCAGAAUUCCAGCCAAAAGUCAAGAGGGGAUCGAUGCUCUCUUCUAUGGCAGCAUUUUGGACGCUAGGAAACCUUUUCGUGGCAGGCCUUGCAUGGCUUGUCAUCCCUAAAGACAUUGGUUUCACGUCAGACUCGUUUAAAUACAACUCGUGGAGGAUAUUUUUGUUGUUGUGCGCUUUUCCAUCGUUCGUGGUUGCUCUACUUCUUUUCAUGUUGCCAGAAAGUCCAAAAUUUUUACUAAUGAGAGGUAGAACAAAGGAGGCCCUAGAAGUUUUUCAAGGGAUUUAUAAAAUGAACACAGGAAGAUCUAGAGAUGAAUAUCCAGUGAAAGAGUUGCUGGUCGAGGCUAAUAUUGGAAGGUACAGAAACCCAGCCAAAAAGGCAAUAGAGGGGAAAUAUAAGAAUAUGUUUUUGGACAUAAUGGACAACAGCAGGCAACUUUUUGUAUCUCCAAUACUGAGAUUUACUAUAAUCUCUAUCACCAUAAAUUUCACAUUCCAUAUAGGGUAUUAUGGUCUGAUGAUGUGGUUUCCCGAACUUUUCAACCGUUUUGACGAAUUUUCACGGUUCCAUCCAGGCCAAGACGCAACAGUUUGUCAAGUAACCGACUUCGUUGUCAACCAUGGAACCUUGAAGAAGGGUAGCCAAUGUAGUGACACCAUAGAAAGUGCAGUGUUCAUGGAAUCCUUGAUAACAGUAGCAGCUGCAAUUCCAAGUAACAUCUUGGCAGUUUUAGGAAUGGAUAGAUUUGGCAGGAAAUUUUUCUUGGUUUUCAGUACAUUGGCUUCUGGUUUGUGUGCAUCAUCUAUGUACUACAUACAUAACAAAACGCAAAAUCUGAUAGUAUCAGCAACGUUCAGCUCUGUAAUCUCAUGUGGAAAUGCAGCGUUGGACUGUUUGAUUACUGAAAUUUUUCCGACGAAUCUCAGGGCAACAGGUGUCGCUAUCUCCAUGGUUGCAGCUAGGUUAGGUGGCAUUAUCGGUAACAUCGUUAUUGCCACACUCUUGGACAUGUAUUGUCCAGCUCCUACUUUCAUCGUAGCAGCGCUGUUGAUAGGAGGUGGUCUUUUGUGUCUGUUUCUACCAAAUACAACCCGAGAACCAUUAUCUUAAAUUUACCUUAGUAUUAAGUUGCGUUCAAUUCAGCGUGUCAUCUUACAUUUUAAGUAUUAUUCACAUUUGUAGAUAUAACUUCACAGAUAUAAUGUAUGUAUUUUUUAUCAUCAAUCUAUAUUGAAUUUUGUAGUGGUCUUAUUAGAAUAAAAUAAAUGAAUAGUUA